AUGUUCCUCUAAAUGUUUAAAAUUAAGAAUUUAUAGUUUUGCUAAAUUUAAUGUAAAUCAUCAAAAAUAAACUUCACAAUCUUUUGCCAUGAUGCAAAUAGAAAACUUAAGUAUUUAGAAACGAUUGAUUUAUUCCAACAACGAGGUAUUUUUUUUUUUAUAAAUCUAUAAUAGCUACUUCAAAACUUUAAUUCUAAAUACGUACAUUCCCUUUUAGAUCUUAUGACAUCUUCAAAUAAAGAUUUAAAAUUAAGUCUUUUGGAUUACAUAAAAUUAGGUAUGGAAAUAGAUGGAUAAUUAAUUUAAUCUGA